AUAGUCAUUGACUAAUUAAUCAAUGAUGUAGUAUACACAUUAGUAGCGACACCAACGCUCCUAUCGAUGUCUUCACAAUAUUAUUUUGAGCUACAAGGCGAAAUAAGGUAGUUUGUUGUUGUCAGUAUACAAAAAUGGAUAAUAAAGAAUAUAUAGUAAAAACUGUGAUACAUGCAGGAACGAAAACUAUUAACUUUAUACCUGGAACCAAAGUUGUAUUUCAUUUUAAAACAACAAAAUGUGAUCCAGAAAAAACAGUAAUAGAUGAUAGCAGAGUUAUGGGAAGAGAAAUGGAAUUGGUUUUAGGCAAAAAGUUUAAAUUUGAAGUUUGGGAAGCUAUUGUUCAAAAAAUGGCAUUAAAUGAAGUGGCAUGCUUCAAAGUCGAUAAAAGUCUAGUCACAUCAUACCCUUUUGUGUCUAAAACCUUAAGGGAAGUUGGAAAACCACAAUCAGAGAAACGCAAUCAUCAUUGCUGUGGUGUAACUUUGCAGAAUGAAGGAAUUGGGUAUGAGGAUUUAAAUGAACUUAUCAAACAUCCUCAAGAUUUAGAAUUUACAAUUGAACUUCUUAAAGUAAUUCUACCAGAUGAGUAUGAGAAAGAAUCAUGGCAAAUGACUGAAGAUGAGAAAUUAAAAAGUAUUCCAGAAAUAAGAAAGAAAGGGAAUGCAUUAUUUCAAGAAAAAAAUUAUGAAGCUGCUUGUGAAAUGUAUGCCAAAGGCAUUGGAAUGUUGGAACAACUUAUGCUCGCUGAAAAACCAAAUGAUGAAGAGUGGCUUGUUUUAAAUCGGUUAAAAACGCCAUUGCUUUUAAAUUAUGCUCAAUGCAAAUUGAUUCAGAAAGAAUAUUAUAAGGUCAUAGAACAUUGUACAACAAUUCUCAAACAUGAACCAGAUAAUGUGAAGGCAUUAUAUAGGAGAGGUAAAGCAUAUAUAGGUGCUUGGGAUGAAGAGAAAGCUGUUAAAGAUUUAAAAAAAGUAAUUGAGUUAGAUCCUACACUAAAAAGCACAAUUGAAAAAGAUUUACAAGCAUUCUCUGCAGCUAUCAAAGAGAAAAAUGAAUUAGAAAAAAGAAAAUUGUCCAAAUUGUUCAGAUAAACACAUAUUAACUGCAAGUAUGAGAUUAGAAAUGUGUUUAUCAUGAAAACAAUAAUUUUGAUGUUAUAAAAUUUUAGCUUGUUAACUUUAAUGUUUGCAUUUGUUAACUGAGAAAGUACGGACAUUGUUAUUUAUUUUAACUAUAAAAAUGGAACAUGAGUGGGUGUCACAAUGUAUAUAUGUUACUAAAUUUCUAGAACCCUGUAUUUUUAAUUUAUAGUUAAACAAAUUUUAUUAAAUGUUACUUUUAUUGAAUGUACAAAUUUGAAAUGAGGUG